ACAGAGGUAACGUUAUAUCUAAAAGAAUUCGGCAGAAAAAGGAUACCAAUCGUUGUGAUCGCGUUUCUGAGCCACACUUAUAUGCUUAUAUUACCUUGUGAACCGUAUUCUGUCUCCUGAUUUGAAACAGAAUCUUUUAGUUUUCUGAAAUGUUUGGUCUUAUUGUGGCGGGACGUUUGGUUCAAACAGACUUCCAACAAAUAUCAGAAGCACAGUUUGCCAUUACCAUUCCUGAUGCUGAUAACAUCAAUCACUUAGUUGUGUUUUUAACUGGCACUGUACCAUUUCCAGAUGGAUUUGGUGGAUCAGUGUACUUCAGAUGGCCAGAGCCAGAUCUAGCAACACCACCAGUAUGGCAACUUCUAGGCCACCUCACAAAUGUCAAGCCAUCAAACAUCUACAAAAUUACAGGAUUGAAGAAGAAUCCAGGUGGUUACAACCCAAGUCCUUUUGGCCUGAAUCCGAGUGGAAUACAUCAUCAUGCUCAAAUAGGCAUAUCCAUUGAACCUCUUACUCUAAUUUCCACACAAUCCCCUAGCGCUAUUGCAGAGCCAUCAAACACUACAACGUUUCAAGAAUUUGCUGAACGAACUGUUCAACAUCUUUUCAAUUAUGUAACAAGUUUUGCAGUCACACAAUCUCAGAUGACACCCAAUCCUACAGAAAAUUACAUCCCUAUGUCUGCAUUAAGAAACUGGUUUAAUAACUUCACUAGAAGACUAGAAUUGAACCCUCAGUUUUGGAGAAGUUGAAAUUCAUUGAAUAAUCAUUGUUUGAUGAAAUUGGAUUAUAAUUCUUACCAUGUGUUCACUACUUCCCCUCCUAAUAAUAAAGAUUUGCGUACCUACUA